CUAGUAAACAACACGUUUUUGGGGGGAGAGCCUUUCAAGGAGCUUUCAGAGUUCAGAUUGAGUCUAUGGGUAGAUAAGUACAGACCAACCAACCUUAAUAAACUCCAUUAUCAUCAGGAGCAAGCUGCCAGCUUGAAAAGACUGGUCCAGUCUGAUGAUUUCCCUCAUUUGCUAAUUUAUGGCCCGUCGGAAACAAGAAUGGUUUGUAUACUUCGUGAGCUGUACGGGGCCGGAGUGGAGAAACUACGUAUUGAACACAUGGAGUUUAUAACCCCAUCGAAAAAGAAGAUUGAGAUAUCAACGGUCGCUAGUAAUUAUCACAUUGAAAUGAACCCAAGUGAUGCCGGUAUUCAUGAUCGUGUUGUCAUUAUGGGGUUACUGAAAGAAGUAGCUCAAUCACACUCACUGGACACUAGCCACAAAGACUUUAAAGUUGUGGUACUGACUGAAGCUGAUAGACUCACUAAAGAUGCACAGCAUGCAUUGAGACGAACAAUGGAACUAUACACAGGAACAUGUCGUCUUAUACUAGUCUGUAACUCAACCAGUAAACUAAUACCAGCCGUCAAGAGCAGGUGUUUGGCUGUUAGGGUCCCCGCUCCAACCAUAGAUGAGAUAUGUAGUGUCCUACAGUAUGUUUGUCAUAAAGAAUCAUUGACUAUACCAGAUACACUAGCCAAGAGGAUUGCAGAGAAGUCAGAGAGAAACCUUCGUAAAGCUAUACUGCUUUGUGAGGCGUGUCGUGUUCAGCAGUAUCCCUUCAAUGAUGAUCAGGUUGUCCCUGAUUGUGAGUGGGAGGUUUUCUUACGUGAAACAGCUGCAAUGAUCAUCACAGAGCAGAGCCCUAAGAGGUUACUUGAAGUAAGAGGACGUUAUUAUGAGCUGUUAACUCAUUGUAUACCACCUGAUAUUAUUUUUAAAAGGAUAUUGAAUGAGCUGGUUGCUAACUGUGAUGGUACACUGAAAGCUGAAGUGACUCAAUUAGCAGCUCAGUAUCAAGCUCAAUCACAACUGGGUAGUAAAGCAAUCUUUCAUCUUGAGGCCUUCACAGCAAAAUUUAUGAGAAUAUAUAAACAAUUUUUAGAGGAAGGACUGGAGAGUAUGGGCUUCUGACUACAACACAGACUUCUAAAUACACAAUAUAUGAUCUUACUAAUUUUUUGAAAUACAACCAAGAGUUACAAUGCUCUUAGAAAGAAUCAAA